CUGGCUUCAUUCCGUGGUGGACGCGCUGCUCGGCCGGCCACAGGCGUGUACUCAGCCAUCCAUAUACAGAAAAAUGCCUCUCGUGUCACCAUCCGUCCAGCAGACAUGCAUUGCAUGUGUACAUCUGCGCGGCACUGUGCGAACAGGCCGCCCUCUCUCCUCCAUUCCCAGACCGUCGACACACAUCCAUCCAUCCAUCUCCCCUGGCUCACACACACACACACACACACACACACAACGAAAUGCCUCUCUCUCUCUCUCGGCAUUGCUCAGCAGCAGCAAGAAAUACUCUCUCAGACAGAUGAGCACACCAGACAGCACCCAGACACACACACAUCCAUCCCUGCCUGUCAGUGUGGUCAUCGUCAUCAGAUGAUGUUGAGCUCCCGAAAUCUCUCGAGGAAGUAUAGCCCCUUUGCGUCGUCCUUGUAUCUCGCCUUGACGGCGUCAUAGCCGUUCUGCGCCACAUCCUUCAGCAAGCUACGCAGGGUGGGGUCCUGAACAGAAUGAACAAAAAGGGACAUACACACACGCACACACACACACACACACACAGCCACGGAUGUUUGUGCGUAUGGGUGGCAGGUCUUUGCGGCCGGCCGCUUACCUGUAGAGAUUUCGCUAGGAACUUUUGUCCCGCCGAGUCGCCCACUGUCCUGUCGACGAAUUUCUUCAAAUCGGCGUCGGUCUCCUUGGCAAUAAGCUCCUCGGGGCUGGGGGUGGGCGAGGGCUUCUCGCCCUCCUCUCGCACAUUGAUCUGCUCCCUUUGUUGCUGCUGGUCGCCCCCCUCCUCUGUGAAGAUGUUGAUCUGCCGGCCGCCCGGCUGCUGCAUGCCGCCCAUUGGGCCGCCCCGCACGAUGCCGCCACUGAGGGAGCCGAACGGCCACGAAUCGCCGAAAAACUCCUGAUGUGAUAGAAACAAAGGGAGAGAUGGGUGUGUGUUGGUGGCUGGCGUGUCAUUGGCUGUGUGGUUGGGAACCUCGAAUAUUCUGUCGAAUGGUGAGUCGAAGAGGGAGACGAGACCGGAGCUGUCAGAGUCUGACAUGCACACACACACACACACACACACAUGUCAUGAGCCGCGUGUGGGUGUCCAUGUGUCCUUUUGUGGCUUGCUUACAUCCCAUUGGGGACUCUUGAACGACGUCGGGCUGACCACACACACACAAUACAGCAGACACACACGAUCAUCCAUCCAUCCAUCCAUCCGUGAAUUCUCAGUGGACGGCUUUUACCCGUCUCCUUUGUGGUUGUCCCUUUGGUUUGCCGAAGACCCUUGCGUAGGCCAGCCGGUUGAUGAGCUCCCGCUCGACGGUGCAGUCCUGAUAAUCCACCUGGCGGACACCACAGCACACAGACAGACAGCAGCAGAGUGUGGGGUCGUUCCAUCCCUCCCUCCCUCCAUCCCUCCCUCUGUCUCUGUGUACCCCUCUUUCGUCGAGCUCUCGCUUGUACUCCUCAAGCUUCAGUGGCUGAGGGAUGGAUGCGUGGAUGACACAACACACCGGACGGCAGUGAAGGUGUACAUGUGUCGUGUGUGUGUGUGUGUGUGUGGUGACCUUGUCUGCUUCCGGCACUUUGUCGAACUCAAGCUGACGAGAGCACACGAAGGGAGGCGGGAUGAAUGCGUCAGAGUGUGUGGCCGGAUUUGCCUGACUGAUGGCCCGCCUCGCCUCGCCUCGCCCACCUUGAUUCUCCUGGCCUCGUCUGAGUAGUUGGUGAUGCUCAUCGUCCCCUCGUUCUUCGACCUGUGUGCACACACACACACAAAUGGAUGGAUGGAUGGAUUGCCUGUGUCCUCGUUCGUUCUUACUUUUUCCUCUCCCCGGUUGGUUUGCCCUGUAAUGACACCUCAUACCUAGCGUACUCACGUAUCAACUCUACACACACACAUACACACACACACACACAAAGACAGAGGGAGAGUGAGGCGGCCAUGUGAGCCGGUUCAGUGUGCGCUGCCCACGCACCAGAUGCCUUAGUGAACUGUUUGUCCAUUCCGCUCUCCGCCAGUUUGGUGGCCAUGCUCUCAAUCAUGGCGCGCUUCCCCCGCUCGUCAAGAGACCGGAACUGGCCAGACCACAGACAGACAGACAGCACACAAGACACAUGAACACAUGUGCAUGAGUGCAGCCCGUCAGUGCAGGUGUGUCUGUGUCUGUGCGUACCUCGUUUGUCAGCCGCUCCACGGCUGCGUUCAUGCGUUCCGCUGUGGGGUCCUGCAAUAAAUACACAGAUGAAGAUAUGCAUCAGCCAACGAGGGCUCCCCUGAUCUCAUGUGAGUGCAAUGCUUACUGGGGGCGCCUUCUCCUCCUGCUCCUUCUUGACCACCGCAGCCCCACGCACACGCGUCUGACCAAAGCAGCUCACACACACCACACACGUGCACAUGGAUAGGCCAUGUUGUCGUGUCAUCGCUACCUCAGCGACUCUCCGUAUGAGUUCGUCGGUGCUCCUGCAGUCCUUGUAGGAGACCCCCGCUGUCUUGAGCUCAUCCUGCAGCUCCGAGAACUUGACGGCCCGCUGAGCGAGCUUCUGCUGCAUAGACUGGAACUCCACCUGGAUGCGCUCCCUGAUUGACGAAUUGGCCAACACAUUGCAUAUAUACGACGUUUUUGUGGCCGGUGGGUUGUGCGACUGCUCACUUGGUUUCGGCGUCUUGUUGUGCGGCUGCCGUGUCAGCCGCCUUGGUGUCCAUGUCAGCUGUGGAGGUGGAGAUCGAUGACACUGAGAUCGGCACAUCUGGAAAGAAAACCGACAUUGCAGUGACAGUGACAGUGACGGCGGCGGUUUCUCCUCCUGCCUUGUGUGUCACCUUUCUUUUUCUCGGCGAUUGGUGCUCUCAGCAGCGACAGUGUCUGGUCCUCAAAGUUCAGCAGCAGCCGACCAGCCUGCACACACAGGCGCAAUGACGUGUGUUGUGGCAUCUCGGCUCGUUAGUCCAUUCUUACGCCCAGCACAUCCAGGCCGAGCAGCAUCGCAGGUUUGUCCGCCAAGCCAGCACGAGCAAACCAGGGGAAAUCAGCCACAUUCAGCUUCACAUCCUGCAACACAGCAGACAAACAAAGGACAGAGAAGAAAGCAAUCCGUGUCACCAUCCUCCUCGCCAUUCCUCCCCCCUCCCCUAGAUCACCCACCCUCUUGAAGGCCUUGAGCGCCCCGUCGGUGCCCUUGACGCCACACAGCGGAAAGGCCGCCCUGUCGACCUCAAUCGGUGCCCCGUCAAUGCCGGUGGCCUUCAUAACGCCCCGCUGCACGCCCUCGGCCUCCCUGUCGAUGCCCACACUCCUCGCCGCAGGCCAGUUGACGAUCGAGUAGGUUGAGCCGAGGUCCAACACGGCCGUGACGGGCGCUUCCUGCUCUGACAGGGCACCGUCGAUGGCGAGGAGGGGCCCGGGGAGGGAGCUGACGGGCGUGGCGAUGAGGGAGAGGUCCUUGCGAUCGGCCGCUGCCUCUUGCAGGGCAGCCUGUCAGUGAAUGAAUGAGUGAAGGGGGCAAGGCAGAUGUGGCCUCUGGUGUCGUGUCGUGGUGUGGCGUGGGUCAGUGGUUACCUUUGCGGCAGCGGCCUGUCCCUUGGGGUAGAGCUUGAUCUUCCCCUCCAGAAAGUCCACAUCAAUGGCUCCGAACUGCGAUAGGAAAUCCAAACCCAAUAAACCUGCACACAAUCACACCAUACCGACACACACGCUUGCACAGCUGCGCAACUGUUUGCCCUCCUCCCCUCCCUCUCCUGAUGCCGCACCUGCCACGCCAGCAGGCAGCACUCCCGCUUGUGUGAGUACGGCCGCAUCGAGGCUGACCUCCAUGCCUCCCUCGGCGCCUCCCCCCACACGCACCCCCUCCACCCGCGCCACGCCCGUCUUGACGGGCAGCCCGGCAGCCGUGUAGGUCUCCCUGUCCUGCUCCUUCAGCGCCGCUCCCAGGGAGCUCACUGUGUCGCUCGUCAAGAUUGACUGAGUGGAGCCCGUGUCGACCAGAAACCGCAGGUACUCCCCGUUGAGAAAGAGCUCGGUCGCCAGGUACUCCUUGGGCACUGACUCGGUGCCCCGCAUCCGCCGGAAUGGCAGCUGGAAGGCCUCGGUCUGUGUGGCCACCGCUGAACAGACGAGCCGUGUUGACGACCGGCUUCGAAGGGGUGUUGGCAGGGCGGCUCUUCUGCAUCGGAGGGAGAGUGCGGGGAAGGGCGAGUGGAGGAAGGCGGGGGACAGAUGUCCGUGGUGGACAUGGACAUCGGUGCGAUGAAUGGCGAUUGAUGGGAGGACGGCAAAGGGAAUCAGGAGGGCAGCAGCCAGCUGUGCAUGGCAGCGGUGCCUCCUCUCACGUGGAUCUGGCAUGGCGGACAGCAGUCUUGUCAGCAGACAGAACCAAUGAAAGAGAUCAGGAUUCGGGAAGGUCGAAUCAAGAGAUCUGGCAGAUGAUGCUGCUCGCUGCUGUACUCAAGACACUUCAGAGGGGAGAACAGCGGAC